CUUGAAACAACCAUGUGGGACAUGGUGGAACAAUCAGAAGUGAACUACUCAGGGGAUAGCUCUUCAAGACCACUGCCUUGCAUGAAUACCAGCCCAGAGAAAAGCUAUGAAGACCAGGGUACCAAGGCCUCCAGGUGGACAAGGCAAGAGGCUGUGGAAGAGGAAGACCCCCCAUUCCUGGAGGAAGGAGAGAGUCCACAGGGUGUCCUGGCAAGGCCUGAGUCUGUGUCUACCUCCUCAGAAGAUGUAUCCCAGAGCCAAGCUGCCACAUUUCCAGCAUCCAAUUCCAUUAGCUGGGGGCUAGGAACGCCAUCGACCUUGGACUCCGCAACCUGUGUCCAGGGCAUUGCAUCUAUCCCCUCGGGGGCCAUAUCUCUGGAGCCAGAGACUUUAUCAGUGAGGGAGAAAGGGGAAAUUCCAGAGAGAGUGCCCCGAAGUCCAUCACCCCAGGUGCUCCUGCCCAAACUGGGCUGGGAUGGAGAACUGCUUCGCCCAGGAGCCCAGAUCUACAUGCACUUCAUGCAGGAGCAUAGCUGCUAUGAUGCCAUGGCUACCAGCUCAAAGCUGGUUAUCUUUGAUACCAUGUUGGAGAUCAAGAAGGCCUUCUUUGCUCUUGUGGCUAAUGGGGUCCGGGCAGCACCUUUGUGGGACAACCAGAAGCAAAGUUUUGUGGGCAUGCUGACGAUCACAGACUUUAUCCUGGUACUCCACCGUUACUACAGGUCACCCUUGGUUCAAAUCUAUGAAAUUGAGGAGCACACAAUCCAAACCUGGAGGGAGAUCUACCUUCAAGGUUCUUUCAAGCCACUGGUUUCCAUCUCACCCAAUGACAGCCUGUUCGAGGCUGUUAUUCUCAUGAUCAAGAACCGGAUUCACCGCCUGCCUGUUCUGGAUCCUGCCUCUGGCAAUGUGCUUCACAUCCUAACACACAAGAGGCUGCUCAAGUUCCUGCAUAUCUUUGGUGCACUGCUGCCCAGGCCACAGUUUCUUUCCCGCUCUAUCCAAGAUUUGGGCAUCGGCACAUUCCGAGACUUGGCUGUGGUGCUAGACACAGCCCCUAUCCUGUCUGCGCUGGACAUUUUUGUAGACCGCCGAGUGUCUGCACUACCUGUGGUCAAUGAGCCAGGACAGGUUGUGGGCCUCUAUUCCCGAUUUGAUGUCAUACACCUGGCUGCCCAGAAGACCUACAACCAUCUGGACAUGAGUGUUGGUGAAGCGCUACGGCAGCGAUCCCUCUGUCUGGAGGGCAUCAUUUCCUGCCAGCCUCAUGAAAGCCUGGGUGAUGUCAUUGACCGAAUCGCCCACCCACAGGUUCACCGGCUGGUGAUGGUGGAUGAAUCGCAGCAUUUGUUAGGUGUCAUUUCCCUGUCUGACAUCCUCCAAGCCCUGGUACUCAGCCCUGCUGGCAUUGAUGCACUUGGUGCCUGAGAAUCCCAGUUGUCCUUGUGUCUUGUGUGUUGCUCCAAAUUCCAACACACCCUGCCCCCAAACAGGAUGGAAGGAGGGGGGGAGCUCCAGCCUUUCACUCUCUCACUCUCAGCCACAUCCCCUCCUGCUCAGGUUCCACAUCUUCAUCCUCAGUUCCACUUCCCUAAUACAAAUGAGUUCCAUUCCCAUAAACCUUUGGGAAAGGCCGAUGCUUCACAGAAUGGUGGUCAGAAUGAGAGCUCACUGACCUUCGGG